GGAAGAGGAGGGGGGGGGACACCCCGCAGCAGCCCCGGAGAGGGCUGGCAGCGAUGGUACCCCCGUCCCCAUCUCUCCCCCGUCCCUGAAAGGGCGGCUGUUGCCGGGAUGUUCAGCUGGCACCGCAGCUUCACCCUGGGAGCGCCCUGGAAAAGAGGCAAGACGAGCCCACCUGCGGAGGACAAAGUCGUGCUCACACACAUGAAGAUACUGAGCGAUGAAGGAAUUCAAAACCCAGGGUUAAUCCCAGAGGCUCCAGCUGACCCAGCCUGCACCCAGGAGUCCCACCUCCCACCGGACCACCAGGAAAACCCAAAUGCAGCAGCGGAUCCAGACUACCCAGAUGGCCCAGCAAGCAUGGACUAUGUAGCCACCCUGCCUGACCUCAGCGCCUUCGAGUCCAAGUGCCGGCUCCACAGAUUCUCCAAAUUUGAAUCUGAGGACUCAGGGGUUGAGUUGCCCAGCGGGGCUAAUUCUCCAUCGACGCCGACGGGCUCGGAGAAGAGCUUUGUGCUUCACAGCAGAGACUCGUUUUGUGACUCGGGUGUGCUUAGCACCUCCUCUUCUCCAGAAAUCGACCACCUGAUCAUGAGAACAUGUGAAGAGCACGCCAGGAAAGUCAGCCACCAAGAUCCAGAGAGUGAAAAGCAAGCUGAGUACUACGGCCAGGAGGCAGAUGCUGUGCAGGGUGCUACAGCUCCCCUUGAAGACUUCAGUGUCCCUCAGGAAGGAAGUCCUGGUGAACAUUUUGACCAAAGUGAAAGGCAAUCACUGGAAAAGGAACCUACCCCAGAGACGGACCUUCCCAGGGAAAACACUCUUCCCACCCCAGCUCCCAUAGAAGAGCCAAAGACAAUUGAUGAUAAUUUCCCAGAGACCUUUGGCAGCAUGCAAGACCUUCAUCAGCUGAAGAAGUACCCCACCAGUGACAGUCUGGAUGAAUACAUGGAUGAAUGCUGUAGACUGAGUGAGGUGAACCAAGGUAACAGCAAAGUCCUGGGGUCUGGUCUGGGGUACCUGGAACACAUUUGCCAACUGAUUGAGAAGAUUGGGCAGCUGCAGGAGCACAACCUGCGUCUCCAGAAGCAAGUGUGCAGCUUGCAGAAAGAGCAGAAGAUGAGACAGAUCAAAGAGGAGUAUCUUCUCCAGCAUUGCCACUGUGGAGCUGCCAGCGUCUUCCUCAACUCGUACCAAGAUGUGAAGACGUUGUUUGCUGGGAGGAGCAGACCUCACAGCCUCUUGGUUCAGACUGGAAACGCUUCUGAUCUUUCCAUCAUCCCAGAAAUAGGAGCAAACACCGAAAAGCUGAGCAGCUGCAACGGAAGUGAGAGAUACCUGGAAUCGGGAAGCAGCCAGCCGAUGGCGGGGCUCAGGAAGUCAUCAAACAAUAGGAACAACAAGGAGAAUGAGUUCAGAGAAGCUGGUAGCAUGGCUGAGGGACAGGCUUUUCCGUCCAAGGACCCUGCAGUAAGAAAGGGCGUGGACGUCAGCAAGAACAUCUCGGGUGAGAGCCAUGCUUGGGGGAGAAUGAAAGAUCUGAUUUGGAGGACACGGCUGAGAAACCAGAACAAGCUAGGGCUGUACUCUGCUGCUCUGAAGAGGUCCUGCCCACAGUUGUACAGGCCAGAUAUUGUGUCUUCGGAGCUGAGGAAAACUGAGAGGAACUCCAUGAUCGUUCUGGGGCAAAAUACAAAGAAUGAAAACAUAUGGCCUUUCUGAUAACCCAAGUCAAAUGGAACAAGAAAGGCAAGAGUGGAAACACCAACGGACACAAAACCAAGGAUCCUGGGGUUACUUUGUGCAACCUGCAUCCUACGGUUGUCAAGGGAGUUAACUACGGUUUGGGCGUUGGAAGGGAAAGAGGGAAGGGGGAGGUUGAGAAGGGUCUGUGGACAGAUGCGUGCUCGGCUACGUACGGCUUCGCUCCUGAAACUGAAAAAUACUUCUAAAAGUCAAGCCACGGAUAAAAAACUACUGUUAGCAUCUUGGCAACACGGCCAACAGAGACUUUUAAGCAAGAUUUGGAAAUUCUUCCUCCUCCUCUCCGGAUUAGGAAAAGAAUUACCUGAAACACUGAAGCUUUUAAGUUAUCAUUGCUUUCUGGGGACCUUCUCCAACUGAAAUAAACUUCGCCUUUAUGGGACACAGCAGCAUCUAGAAGAGUGCCAGGGAGUGCCUGCCCGGUGCAGAAGCAGCUGUCGGAAGGACAAUCUCCUCCCUCUGGGGUGGGGAGGUAAUGAGUUGCAGUCUCUGCUUGUCCCCAACACAUCUCCUCCCUCCAGAGCAUCAUCUGGCCAGCUUUGCCAUUUUACUGGAAUCCAACAGGAAAACCAAGUCUGUAAAACCAAGACUUCCUGCAAGGCCAUUCCUGAAUCCACCACUACCUUUUAAUCCUUCUGCAGAGGCCCCUUGACUCCAGGGCUUCCCAAUGCAGAAGUUGGCAUCCUCUGGGCUCAUGGCAGAGACCAGAUCAAGGGGCACUGCAGGAAUCAGCCUUUUGAGAAGCUGGGAGGUACCUCCAAGGCAACACCUGAGCUUCACCAGGCAGCCCAGCCCCUGUGCUAUCCAUCUUUUUGGUGGUGGUGGGGAACCAGGCUUGAAUUCUUACUUUUAAGCUAAAAGUUAAGUCCCCUGGCUGUGCAGGUGGGGGCCUGGGGCUGCAGGUGGGGUAGUCACCUUGCUCUAUGUAUGGCUCAGCCUGUACUCUCUCUGCUGAAAAAGGCAAGAGGGCAAGCAGAGCUGCAAGGAAGCGUUAUUCAAAUACAUACAACCCUUACAAGGGGGUAUGUAUACAAGCUGCAUGCUACAAGGCCAUGUUUGGUGGCUGCCUUAUUGCCACAUGCCCACCAAUCUGGACUCAAGGGACAUGCUUCUGAAGGUUCCAUGGCUGCAGUGGUCGCUGCACACCAGCUCUUACUGGUACUAGCACAAUAAUUAACAUACAUGGAGUCAAGAUUUAAAUAAGCCAACUUUGCCUCUUAUUAAAAGAUUAUACUACCCCCUAAAUGUAAUUACAAGGCAGUUUAAAAAUCCCUCCUCAACCCAAACUUGCCUUGGAAUCAAGAUUUGAGAAGCUGGCAGGAGUGGAUCAGCUGCAGCAGGCUUAGCCUGUCAGUAGCAGAUGCUUACCCCUUGCUCACCCAGAUCAGCUGGAGCCCUUGGGGUCCUCAAAACCAGAGCAGGAUCUCUUCUGAGAUGCAAAACACCCCAACCACACUCUCCCAGGGCAGCUAUAGGUUGCAGGGGUGAGUGAAGGCAGCAGCCCAGGCCUGGUACUCCAAUACUCAAAAGGGCUGUUAUUAAGCACCUCCAGAAAGGAAAAAAAAACAAAACAAAAACCCCACAAACCCCAAUUUAAAAAAAAAAUAUAAAAAUGGUCUGUGCUAACUCAAAGUUAGCACCCUAAAGUAGGUGCUGUGUUCAAUAUUUCAGAUGUAGCUGCUGCAGGACUUGGUUAUUCACUGUAUAUCUUGCUAGCUUCAUCCAAAGCUAGAAAGAUUUAUAACUUGAUUAUUCUGUGAAUAGUCUGUAUAUCUCCAUAAAUACAGGGGACUAAAAUCCUGCAUUAACUUACACCCUCCAUUAUCCCUCGAGCUUUACAGAGACUGUAAGGAAUGUGAAUCAAUGCAAACUGAUUUAAAGUGUUUUAAGACAUAGCAUCAUGAACCGGUAUUCCCCACCACCUCCAUUCAUAUUAUAGGCUUAUUGGUUUGUUUGUUUAAACUAAAAUGAACUAGCACUCUUUUUUAUUACAGCAUUAUAUGAAAUAUAUUCAUGUAUUUUCAGAAAUAAAUAUAUUUAUAACGUGUAACAUACUGUAUAGUUCUCCACUCCAGGAUGCAUUGUAACACAAGCAUAAGAAAUUUAAUAAAAGCAUCACCAUUAUAGUAA